GGAAAAAAUUCCCUCCCCGGCGGCGGCGGCGGUGGCGGCAGCGGCGGUGGCGGCCGGGGCUGAGCGCUCGGAGCGCCUCGGUCGGCCGCGCUCAGCUGGGCGCGUCCCGCCCGCGCCAUGGCAGGAGCCGGAGGCGGCGGCUGCCCGGCGGGCGGCAACGACUUCCAGUGGUGCUUCUCGCAGGUGAAGGGCGCUGUCGACGAGGACGUGGCGGAAGCCGACAUCAUCUCCACCGUUGAGUUUAACUACUCUGGAGACCUUCUUGCAACAGGAGACAAAGGUGGCAGAGUUGUUAUUUUCCAACGGGAACAAGAGAAUAAAGGCCGCGCUCACUCUAGGGGAGAGUACAAUGUUUACAGUACCUUUCAGAGUCAUGAGCCAGAGUUUGACUAUUUGAAAAGUCUAGAAAUUGAAGAAAAAAUUAAUAAAAUCAGGUGGUUACCGCAACAGAAUGCUGCUCAUUUUCUACUCUCUACAAAUGAUAAAACUAUUAAAUUAUGGAAAAUAAGUGAACGGGAUAAAAGAGCAGAAGGUUAUAACUUGAAAGAUGAAGAUGGACGACUUCGAGACCCAUUUAGAAUUACGGCACUACGGGUUCCAAUAUUGAAGCCCAUGGACCUUAUGGUAGAAGCAAGUCCACGACGAAUUUUUGCAAAUGCUCAUACAUAUCACAUAAAUUCCAUUUCAGUAAAUAGUGAUCAUGAAACAUAUCUCUCUGCAGAUGAUCUGAGAAUUAACCUAUGGCAUUUAGAAAUCACAGAUAGAAGCUUCAACAUUGUGGACAUCAAGCCAGCUAAUAUGGAGGAGCUGACAGAAGUCAUCACUGCCGCAGAGUUCCACCCACAUCAGUGCAAUGUAUUUGUCUACAGCAGCAGCAAGGGGACUAUCAGGCUGUGCGACAUGCGUUCCUCUGCCCUAUGUGACAGGCAUGCCAAGUUUUUUGAAGAGCCAGAAGAUCCCAGCAGUAGAUCCUUUUUCUCAGAAAUAAUCUCAUCUAUAUCUGAUGUCAAGUUCAGUCACAGUGGUCGAUACAUGAUGACCAGAGACUAUCUGUCGGUGAAAGUAUGGGACCUCAACAUGGAGGGCAGGCCUGUUGAGACCCACCAGGUACAUGAGUACCUACGAAGCAAGCUCUGCUCCUUGUAUGAGAAUGACUGCAUCUUCGACAAGUUUGAGUGCUGCUGGAAUGGCUCAGACAGUGCCAUUAUGACGGGGUCCUACAACAACUUCUUUAGAAUGUUUGAUAGAAACACUCGGAGGGAUGUUACACUGGAAGCCUCAAGAGAGAACAGCAAACCCCGAGCCAGCUUGAAGCCCCGGAAAGUAUGUACAGGGGGUAAGAGAAAGAAAGAUGAGAUUAGCGUGGACAGUUUGGACUUCAAUAAGAAGAUUCUUCACACAGCCUGGCACCCCAUGGAGAGCAUUAUUGCUGUAGCUGCCACCAAUAACUUGUAUAUAUUCCAGGACAAAAUUAAUUAAGGAAACUGACUGGAGGACCAAGUGUUGUCUUGCAAACGUAAGCCGGUUGUUUUCCUGUCAAAAAAAAAAAAGGCAUUGUCCUCUCCAUUGAGAAACGUGACGCACUUCUACUUCCCUCAUAGACACAGGAGAAGAAGGGUCUCAGCUGGAGUCUUAGGAGAGAUCAGUGCCUGCUGAAGGGAAAGCUACUUGGAGCUGAAUUGGUGGACUCUGCUCAAUAAAGGCCAUUACUCAAAUGUA